CCUGGUGACCCGAUGCCCGCUGUCCACCAAAUGACCUGAUGCCGGACGAUCCAAUGUCUGACCCAGUGCCAGCGGUCAUGCCAGUUGACUCGGAGCCCACUGUCGUGCCAGAUGACUCGGCGCCCGCCGCUCUGCCUGAGGGCCCGAGACCUGUCGCUCCACCUGGGGGUCCGGCGCGCCCGUCUGCUCCGCCUGGGGGCCGAGACCUGUCGCUCCACUGGGGGCCCGAGACCUGUCGGCCCGAGCCUGACCCCGAGACCUGUCGCUCCACCUGGGGGUCCGGCGCCCGCCGCUCCGCCUGAGGGCCCGAGAC